AUGGAGAAGGUGGAGGAAGCUGGGGACAUGAAGAAGGCGGAGGAGACGGCGGCGGUGGCGGGGGGGACUCGGCACCCAGUUUACAGAGGAGUGAGGAAGCGGCGGUGGGGGAGGUGGGUGACGGAAAUCAGGGAACCCAAGAAGAAGUCGAGGAUUUGGCUCGGCUCCUUCCCCACGCCGGAGAUGGCGGCGAGAGCCUACGACGUGGCGGUGCUCUGCUUGAAGGGAAGGAAGGCCCUCCUCAACUUCCCCCACCUCGUCGAUGUCCUCCCCCGGCCGUCCUCCGCCGUACCGAGGGACAUACAGGCGGCGGCGGCAGCGGCGGCAGCGAUGGCCUUGCCGAGGGACAUACAGCCGGCGGAACUGGAUCGCCUGGGGAUUCCCCAUUUUCCCUACCACUCCUCGCCUUCCUCUUCUUCUUCUUCUUCUUCUUCUUCUUCUUCCUCCGAGGAGCAGAAGCCAGCCGGAAGGAGAGGAGGAAUGGGGAAGGAGGAAGAGGAGGAAGGGAAAGACUUCUGGGUUGAGAUCGGGGAGCUGCCGGAGCUGAACGGCGGCGGUAGCUUGCCGCUGGAGCCGGAGAGGGAGGUGUGGGGGGACUUGUGGCGUUCCUCCUCGUCGAGCCUCGCCGGUUGCUGGGGCGAGGGCACCUGGUCCGCCGACGGGCACAUCAUGUCGUGGGGAUAG